AUGAAACUCAUAGUGACAGAGUUAUCGAACUUAGUUCGGAGUAGUUUUCCAUUUAUCAAUCAAAUAUCUUGUUCUAGAACUUUUACAAAGGCCAUUACUUCACCUGGAGGUGCUCUUGUUAAGUUCUAUGCACCAUGGUGUGGAUAUUGUCUGCGUUUUGAAGGACCCUAUUCCGAUGCGGUCGAGAAACUAUCGAAAGUCGCGCCAAAAUUAAUCGUUGCCCGAAUCGAUGUCACUCGUUUUCCUGCAGAAGCGUCUUUUGCGCAAGUCCGAGGAUAUCCCACUGUCCUUCUGUUCAUACGUGGAAAGUCUUAUAAUUUCAAUGGUGAACGCACAGUCCAAGGUAUUGUCACCUUUGUUGAAAAUGUUCUAGGACCUCCUGUUAAGGAGUUGGCCAAUGCGGACGCACUCAAUGAAAAGGUGGAAGAGCAUUAUGAUGCCGUAUUCUUCCUCUUCUAUGGUUUAGAUUCUGGAACCCUUUGGGAAGCCUAUAAUGCUACUGCUGAAGAGUAUAGAUUACAGUUGCCCUUCUAUCACCUGAAAGGACAGACCGAAGCGGGUGAAAUUUUCGUCUACAAAGAUGGUGGAAAGAAGUUGCUUGAAUGGGAGGAAGACAUUGACAUACAGCAACAUAUAACGAACUUUGUGGAGCAAAAUAGGAAUCCAGCCUUUGGUUACAUUAGUGCCUACGAUUUGCGUCACACACAGUCAGAUGGCUCAAGCCUUGUCUGUGUAUUCCUCGUCGAUUACACAUCGGAUUCAACUGAAGUUUUCAAAAAGAUUGGAAGAGAGUUGGCGUUUACGAAUUUUAAUCCUUCGUCGAAUGUGUAA